AUGGACUCGAUCUUUGGACGCAAAAAGAGGUCGCGGCAGCUCACCGGCGACCCCGCAGAUAAGGCCGUCCCAUAUGAGCGCACCGUCAGCGGUCGGAACCCUAUCCCCGUAGACACCAUAGGCGGCAGCGGCGGAGGGCCAAGCGAGAACCGCCUCAGGAUCGGCAACCCGAGUGGCAACCCUGCCCUCGGAGGCGCAAACGGUGCACGCAUCAGCGGCUACAGCGAAACGGCUGGCGGCUCCUCGUAUGGCCCCUCGCGCAGCAGUGCAGGCAGCGGUUUCGACGACUUUGGCUCCUACGGCGUCCCUUCGACGUCGAGCAUCUCGCACAUCUCUGCCGGCGGCGGCAGCCAGGGCCGCAUCUCAGCCUCGUCUUCCCGGCACCUGGGCGCCCACGACUCUUAUCUCUCCACGGCCAACGGCUCCCGAUCCUCGCGCUACACUUCGGGCACCACGGUCAGCGAUGGUGGACGCUACGCUGCCUCGUCGUCGGCGCACGACGCCGUGGGCCGCAUGUCGACUGCGUCGACCAUCGCCUCCUCUGCCGAGCCCGCAGGGAUGCCGGGGAUGCAUUCGACCAUGCCCUCGGUCUCGAGCGGCAUGUCGAGGGACUCUGCAUCGCACAGCACGCUGUCGGCCACGCAGGCCAGAGCGCCCGACUUCCACCUGCAGCGGCCGCACGACGCCGAGGUGGAGCGCCUGUUUGCCGAGCUGAUGGACAAGCGCGACUUUCUCAACGUGCCAGGCGGCAACCUCUCCGACGAGCUCAAGGAGACGGCGCGGCGCAACAUGCUCGGCUUCAGCGUCGACAAGAAGUGGACGCUGGUCUACAACGACAAGCUCACCGAGUGGCACGCCGAAAAGGAGCGCGACCGCAACCGCCGCCAGCAUGCGGGGCCCGGCGGUCCCGGCGGCGCGGGCGGCUCCAUGGUCAUCACGCGCAACUCGCCAGAGUGGUUCAUCAAGAAGUUCAUGGACGGCACCGUCACCACCAAGCACAUCGAGUCGCUGGCGGUGACGCUGCGGACCUGCGCCAUUGGCUGGAUCCAGAGCUUUGUCGAGGCCAAGGGAACGCCCGUGCUGGCCAGCUUCCUCGGCGGGCUCCACGCCAAAGGCAUCAAGAACGACAACGACGUGGCGCUCGAGUACGAGGUGCUCAAGGCCUUCCGCUCGCUCUUUAACUCGAAGCCGGGCGCCAACGACGCCCUGGCACAGCCAAAGUGCAUCAGCGGUAUCGCCCACUCGAUGAUCUCGAUGCACCUCGCCACACGCAAGCAGGCCGCCGACAUCCUGCUCUUCCUGUGCCACUGGGACAAGCCGACCGGCCACCGGCUCGUCCUGCGCGGGUUCGACGACCUCAAGACGUCGCAGGGCGACCACGGCCGCUUCGACGCGUGGUUCCGCAUCCUCGAGCAGACCAUCGACGGGCGCGGCAAGAUGGGCAGCAUGGUCGGCGCCUCGGACGAGGUCAAGAAGAUGAGCGUCGUCGGCCCGCAGGAGUCAUCGCUCAACGAGUACGCCAUCAACAACAUGUUCCUGAUCAACGCCAUCCUCAACGCCGACAUUGUGUCCGAGUUUGAGGUGCGGGUGCACCUGCGCAACCAGAUGGAGGCGAGCGGCCUGCAGCGCAUCCUGAUCAAGAUGCGCGCAUUCAAGAAUCCGGACCUCGACGCCCAGAUCCUGGCGUACGAAAAGGCGGCCGAGGCGGACCACGAGGAUGUGGUCGAGACCUUCAACCGCGAGGUGCUCACCGACCUGAGCGACCCGGUUGACGUCUUCAAGGCCAUCGUGGGCAAGGUGCAGGGCUCGCGUGCCUACGACUUCUUCCUCUCGGCGCUGCAGCACCUGCUGCUGAUCCGGCAGGAGGGCGACGGCCUGGUCCACUACUAUCAGCUAGUCGACUCGAUGGUGACCUCGGUCGUCAUGGACCGCAAGGGCGCCGUUGAGAACAACGACCUCUCUUCUCUCCUGGGCGUCUCGGUCAACAACGUCAUCUCCCGCUUUGCCGAUCAGGAUCACAUCAACUCGAUCCAGGCGGAGCUGCAGAAGACCAAGGCCCGGGCCAACGCGCUCGAGCAGGAAAAGGCCGCGCUCGAGGCCAAGCUCAAUGCAGGCUCGGACGGCCUCAUCGGCCAGCUGCAGGAGAGGAUCGAGAAGCUCGAAGAGGAUCUGCUCGUCGCGCGGGGCAAUGCCGGCGCUGCCCGCGACGAGAUGGACGACAUGGAAAAGGCCUACAUCGACCGUGUCGUGGCGCUCGAGAUUCAGAUCCGCGAGCUGUACGACAUGCUCAAGGAGGCACAGAUGGACGUCAGCGAUGUGGCUGCGCCCGGCAAGGGCAGCCUGGACCGCAAGCAGCUGGUCGACACGCUAGAGAAGCAGCUCGAACGCAACCGCACAAUCCGCAAGCUCGAGGCGAAUGCGCGGAAGAACAAGAAGCAGCCCGCCGCCGCCACCGCCGCUGCCGCCGCAGGCUCGCCGCCCGUGCCACCGCUGCCAACGGUCGAGGAUGACCGCAAGAGGAUAUCCGCCUCUGUCCGUCGUCAGUCCAAGCUCGGACGCGAGGCGAUCGGCCGAUCGAGCGCGUCGACGGCAAAGCCCGGUGAUGAAGAUGAAGUUGAGGAGGACGAAGGAGACGACGGCGCGGCGAACGAGGACUCGGAGGCAGAAAGCCAGGACGUCGACCCCGAGGCGGCCAAGUGGAAGAUCCAGGCCACGCUGGCGGCGGGCAUGGCGCAGAACAGCGAUCUGGCCUCGCGCAUGACGGAUGCGCGCGAUUCUCGCAGGAAGAGGACGGCGGCGGCGCAGCUAACGUCCUCGCCGGAGAUCAAGCGCACGUCGUACCCGGCCGUCAAGACUCUGCUCGACGAGAUCCGCAAGCAGCGUGGCGAAGAUUCGGAUUCGGACGACGAGGUGCUUCCGCGCAGGCGCAAGCCUGCCUUGGUCGAUGCUGGCGUCGAGACCGGCCCGACGUCGCCGACACUGGGAACGGUUGUCGAAGAGGCCGUGGCACCGGCUGCUCCGACGGCGGCAGAGACAGAACCCGCGACUCCUCCCCCGCCUCCGCCACCUCCGCCGCCGCCACCGCCGCCACCGCCGCUCCCACCAUCUCUGGCUGCAUCGACGGCAGCAGCUGCGGCAGCGAUGAAGGAUGCCGCACUGAUGCCCCCACCCCCUCCACCACCACCGCCUCCGCCCAUGGUGUCCGCCGCCACGGGUAUCGCGGUGCCGGACUCGGCCGCGGCGGCCAAGUCGGCCUUCUCGACGCCCGGAUCCUCGCGUCCGCCGUCCGUCGUCGGUCUCGGUGCCGAAAUUCCCAUCCCUCCACCGCCUCCGCCCCAGUUCGGCGCGGGCUCGGUGGCCAACUCGCCCAGCAUCUCGUCCUCGGUGCACGGCUCGCAGCGCGACUCGAUGCUCAACAUGCGCGCGUCGUAUGCCGAAGACGCACUCGGACCCGCCGGACCGACGCAUGCGCCGCCUGCUCCGGGCAUGCAGGGUCUCUUCGCCAAUCAGCUGCUCACGCGCAAGGAGGUGCUCGAGGUUGCGCGAGGCAGGAUGAAGCAGCUGCAGUGGCACAAGCUGUCGCCGCAGCAGGCGGCCGAGACCAUCUUCGGCCGCCAGCUGCUCGACGAGGAAUCCAUCGCCAGGAUGCUGCGCGAAGAGGGCUUGUUCGACGAGAUGGAGGAGGAGUUCAAGGCCAAGCAGCCGGUGCGCAAGGUCGGCCCCGCCGCCAAGAAGGACAAGGUGGAGCUUAAGACGCACCUCAGCCUGCAGACGCGGCAGGGCAUCGAGAUGGUGCUCAAGCGCGUCCGCUCGAGCCUCACCGACAGCAAGCACGCGACGCCCGAGGAGGUGGCCCACCACAUCAUCAACUGCAGCGACGCUGUGCUCGACCAGAGCUUCCUCACCGAGCUGCUGCGCCACUACCCCGAGUCCGAGACCAAGGGCCAGCUCGGCGAGUACCGCAACGCCUCGGACGAGGAGCUCCGAUUGCUCCACCCCGCCGACCGCCUCGUCGUGCUCCUCAUGACCGUCCCCCACCUCAAGGAAAAGGUCAAGGGCCUCCUCUACAUGACAAAGUACAAGGAGACCUACGACCUCAUCAAGAGCGGCAUGGUCCGCAUCCGCGACGGCUCCGAAGGCCUCGUCAAGGCCGAGUCGUUUGCCCGCCUCCUCAGCCUCAUCCUCAUGAUGGGCAACUUCCUCAACUCGACGGGCGUCCAGGGCGGCGCGUUCGGCUUCAAGAUCACGAGCAUCAACAAGCUCGUCGACACCAAGGCGAGCGACGGCACGACGCUGCUCCACUUUGUCGAGCGGACCAUCUCCAAGUGCUUCCCCGAGGUCGAAGCGUUCAUGGACGAGCUCGAGCGGCCUGCCGAUGCGUGCCGGGUGCAACUGCUCGACCUGAAGCGCGACCUGGCCGAGCUCAAGUCGGGCAGCUUCCAGCACCGCAAGGAGCUGGAUCGGUUCCUCGACGAGUCCGAGGAGAACCUCAACGACCCGUACGCCAAGCUGAUGCUGCCGUUCCUCAACGAGGCCAGCUCGGACCUGCAGCGCCUCAACGACCAGGUGCAGCUCACCGAGCGCGUCUACAACGAGGCGCUCAAGUACUUUGGCGAGGGCUCCGACCCCAAGAAGCGCACCUUUGGCCAGGUGGCCAGCCAGCCGAUGCGCACCGAGGACUUUUUCGGCAUCUUCAAAGAGUUCCUGGCCUCGUACAAGAAGGUCAAGGCGGACAAUGUCCGCAUCGGCGAGCAGAGGCUGCUCGAGGCCAAGAGGAGGGCGGCCGCCGAGGAACGCGAAAGGGAACGGCAGGAAGCCCUGGCGCGCAAAGAGGCGGGCGUCGACGACAAAGCGGUGCUCGAGACGCUGCUUGGCUCGCUGCGGAGCGGCGGGGGCACGCCAGGAAAGACGAAGCGCAAGGCGCGCGAGCGUGGGCAGGCGCGACGGAGCGGCGCCACGGCAUCCGGCGGCACGUCGAUCCUGGCCGGCGGCGCCACCGGCGACCGCACGCUCUCACCGCUUGCCGGAGCAGGAGGCGGCAGCGACGGAGAUGCGGGAGCGUCGCCGCUAUCAUCGUCGACUCUGGUCGCGGCGGGUGCCGGCGGAGGCAACACUGCCGACGUCGCCGCUGCGAUGCUGGCCCAGCUGCAGGGCGGAUCGGGCGAAGGCGUGACGAGCGCGAGUGCAUCGCGCAUCACGACGAGCAGCCGUCGCAGGGAGAGGGAGCGGAGGAGCGGCAGGGAGAGCAGCAACCUGCUUCAGGCCGGCGCAACUCCAUCGGCGGGCUCUGUGGCUGCGCAAACGGAAGCAGCAGCUGCAUCAUCGCAGCCAGAUGCGGCGAAGACGGAGCCGGACGUCGAUCAAGGCCAAGGGGCUUCCACGGCUGCCACCGGCGAAGCUGCACAGGGCGGGUCCGACACGUCCGCAGAGCGGCAUCCGGACGAAGCGGCAGACGACAAAGUGGGCGCGGCUUCCAGCCUCGCUUCGCCCUCACCGCAUCAAGAUCAGGAUCACGACGAGGACGGUGACGAGGGUGACGGCGACGAGAGCGACGAGGAGGGGGAGAGCGAGAGCGACGCGCAGAGCCCUGCCCUCUCUGCACCGCCCGAGGCGCUUCCAGGCGACCAUGCCGCCGGCGACGGCCACGACGACGGCGACGACGAAGACGGGAUAGGGUUCGACAUGCAGCCCAUCACGCCUACGGCCGCUUCCUUCCGGCCCCACGAGGCUCAGGUCGAGCCUGGACCGGCAGCGGCCAAGGGUCAGGGCCAAGGCGAGGGCGACGGCGAGGGUGAGGGCCAGGGCGAGGAUGAGCUCGAGUGGUUUGAUCCUGACCAGAGUGGGUUCCUCGAGCGGUGA